AUGGAUGAUAAGCCUGAAGUUGGUCCUGAAGCCGCUGGGGCCCGAAUCCAUAAGUCUUGCGAUGCUUGCAAGACUCGCAAGGUCCGCUGUCCUAUUGCCAAUCAUAAUCUCCCCACCAACUACAGCUUGAGUAAUCAACAGAUCCCCCAUGCCCCAGAUAGCAAAGCAUUUUCGGACCUACCUACCAUCGAAAAUGAGGGAAAAGCAGCCGUGCCAGAGCUCCCAGGCUCUUCGGCCCCGAAGUCGCCACCUCAUCGAAUUCAGGAGCUCCACGUCGACCGCGUACUGGCGAGAGCGAAAAGGCCAAGAAUGUCAAGUUCCGGGGACCGAGACGAAGCAAUGUUUGUACCGCUGAUAUCCGCAGGUGGUCGUAACAGCCUGACGUUCUUCUCCGAUGCCAGGCUUCUUUCUCUUUCAGCACGUCUGCGCAACAACAAGGUGAAUGAACUCGUGGGACGCAUCUCCACGAUCGUUGCCGGUCGGCUGGGGCGUGCUGAUCGCCCGACCAGUCCGCGGCGCAUUCAACAGCCCUAUUCCCUGGAUGAUGCAGCAAAAGCUUCAUCAUACAUAAGACUCUACUUCAAACAUGUACAUCCCAUGUUCCCUUUUCUCAACAAGACAGUAUUUGAAAGUACUGUUUCGGGACCCAACUUCUUCAGACUGCUUGAGCAAAGUAAACCAUGGUCAUGCCUCUAUCACACUGUACUCGCUCUCGGCUCUCAGUACGAAGGCAAGGGGACCUUUGAGCCAGGAAAAGGCGAAUCCUGGAACUUAUUUUCAGUUGCUCUGAGGUGUUUUUCAGACCUCCUACUUCUUCCAGAUUCACUCAUUACACUUCAAGCUCUGACAGCAAUGUCAGUGUACGGUUUGGGCUUAUGCGGCCUAGCUGUGGAGCCUAUCAUCAUGUCUGAGGCUACAAGAAGGGCGCAGAUGAUGUCAAAUAACAACAACUUUACGGGCAGCACGGCAUAUGCUUACCAAAAGUCAUUCUGGAUUCUUUAUACCAUUGAAAAGAUCACUAGUUUCUACAUGGGAAGAAGCUCGGGAUUCGUCGACAGUGACAUUUUGUGUCCAAUACCAACCGUUCCCGAAGCAUCUUUAAACGAAUUCAACUGGUUCUUACAUUUCAUACGUUUUGGAAGACUACUUUCCCGGGCCUAUACAUCCCUCUUUUCAGUAGGCGUAUCAGGCAACUCCAACUCAUACUAUCUCGACAUAAUCCACCAGUUAACUACUGAGUUAGAAGAGUGGCAAUCGUCUUUGCCAGAUAAUGGCUUCAGACCAAAGGGGUUUAUUCGUCCGCAGGCUAUUACAGGCCAUACAGAAAGGGCCAUAGGACUCAUUAUUCAUUAUCUAUACAACAGCUUUUUGUUGACUUUAUCAAGAACGACACUUUCAUAUCUGCCAAGUUCCGGAGAUAGCGUUAUUUUGACGCAGAGAGGCUCCAAUUUGAAAACUAUUUCGGCUGCGUCUCGAUCUAUUUUAGAACUAACAACAAUGAUAGAGGUAGAACCGUACACAGUCACCUGGAUCAUCGCUGGUAUUCCACUUACAGCGCUGUUUGUACUGUUCGACAUUGUCAUCCACGAUCCACGGCAGCCAGAAACAGGAUCCAACUUGGCGCUCCUCGAUAUGGUUGCUGGCCACUUUAGUAGGAUAGAGUAUGCCAGUAAUGGUACUCUCCCAGGGUCUCUUAUCUCAGAAUUCACAAAGAUUGCACGGGAUUACGUGAAUGAGGUCCAUUACUCUGGUAAAGGAUCAGCAAGCGUUGCACAUCCCGGGUCCACUCCACAAAUAUUAGCAUCGACUUUGCCGGCUCAUACAAUCGACGGCAAUAGCAAUAGAGAGAGAACCCGUGGUAGUAGUGUUGGCCUUUGCAACGCAACAUCCGAGCCCAGGUCUACGGUAGACUUGAUGCCAUCGAGCUUUGCCGACUUCUCUUUUGAUGCCGGCUCAGACCCCAUAUCACCAGGUACGCUCAUGGGCACUGAUGUUAUGGGCAUCUUCAGUUACUUUCUUCCCGACCUUGAUCCCAUGUUCUACCAACGCGUAUCGGAAGACUACUUCUCUCAAGGAGAGUAA